AGGAUUUACUACCUCUCCCUGGAGUUCUACAUGGGGCGGACGCUGCAGAACACCAUGAUUAACCUGGGGCUGCAGAACGCCUGCGACGAAGCCGUCUACCAGGUGGUGCUGGCACUGCCCUACGACACCCCUGUGCCCGGGUACAUGAACAACACCGUCAACACCAUGCGCCUGUGGUCGGCUCGGGCGCCCAACGACUUCAACCUGCGGGACUUCAACGUCGGAGACUACAUCCAGGCCGUGCUGGACAGAAACCUGGCGGAGAACAUAUCCCGUGUCCUCUACCCCAACGACAACUUCUUCGAGGGGAAGGAGCUGCGGCUGAAGCAGGAGUACUUCGUGGUGGCUGCCACCCUCCAGGACAUCAUACGCCGCUUCAAAGCGUCCAAAUUCGGGAGCACGGACAGUGUCCGCACCGUGUUUGAUUCCUUCCCCGACCAGGUCGCCAUCCAGCUGAACGACACGCACCCCGCCAUGGCCAUCCCUGAGCUGAUGAGGAUUCUGGUGGACAUCGAGAAGCUGCCGUGGAACAAGGCUUGGGACAUCACCAAGCAGACCUUCGCCUACACCAACCACACGGUGCUCCCCGAAGCCCUGGAGCGCUGGCCGGUGGACCUGGUGGAGAAGCUGCUCCCCAGGCACCUGCAGAUCAUCUACGAGAUCAACCAGAGACACCUGGAUCACAUCGCGUCCCUCUUCCCUAACGACGUGGACCGGCUGCGGAGGAUGUCCCUGAUAGAGGAGGGAGGCACCAAGAGGAUCAACAUGGCCCACCUCUGCAUCGUCGGCUCCCACGCUGUCAACGGCGUGGCCAAGAUCCACUCCGAGAUCGUCAAGACUCAAGUCUUCAAGGACUUUGCGUCGCUGGAGCCGGAGAAGUUUCAGAACAAGACCAACGGCAUCACCCCGCGGCGCUGGCUCCUGCUCCGCAACCCCGGGCUGGAGAACAAGGUGAAGUUCGCGCUCUACCUGGAGAAGGAGUACGAGGUGAAGAUCAACCCUUCCUCCAUGUUCGACGUGCACGUGAAGAGGAUCCACGAGUACAAGCGGCAGCUGAUGAACUGCCUGCACAUCAUCACCAUGUACAACCGCAUCAGGAGGGACCCUGCGAAGAUAUUUGUGCCGAGGACGGUGAUCAUUGGGGGCAAGGCUGCCCCAGGGUAUCACAUGGCUAAAAUGAUCAUCAAGCUGAUCAACGCUGUGGCUCAGGUGGUGAACAACGACCCCGUUGUGGGGAGCAAGCUGAAGGUCAUCUUCCUGGAGAACUACAGGGUCUCGCUGGCAGAGAAAGUGAUUCCUGCUACCGACCUGUCGGAGCAGAUCUCCACGGCGGGCACCGAGGCAUCGGGUACCGGGAACAUGAAGUUCAUGCUGAACGGGGCUCUGACCAUCGGCACCAUGGAUGGAGCCAACGUGGAAAUGGCCGAGGAGGCUGGAGAGGAAAACCUGUUUAUCUUUGGCAUGAGGGUGGAGGACGUCACGGAGCUGGACAGGGAAGGGUACAAUGCCCAGGAGUACUACGACCGGCUCCCCGAGUUGAAGCAAGCCAUUGACCAAAUUAGGAGUGGCUUCUUCUCCCCGCAGGAGCCAGACCUCUUCAAAGACGUGGUCAACAUGCUCUUCCACCAUGACCGGUUUAAAGUUUUUGCAGACUACGAGGCUUACGUCAAGUGCCAGGAGAAGGUCAGCGAGCUGUACCUGAACUCCAAGGCGUGGACCAAGAUGGUCAUCAGGAACAUCGCGGCGGCCGGCAAGUUCUCCAGCGACCGCACCAUCAAGGAGUACGCCCGGGACAUCUGGCACGUGGAACCCUCCGACCUGAAGAUCCCACCGCCCAACGAGCCCCGGGACGUGGUGGAGGACAAGACCCCCAACGGCACGGCGGCGUAGGAGCUGGUGGGGACGUGAGCACGCGCGCCGUACAGGUGUCUCUGCUGUCUAGGCUCCGUGUUGCUGCUGCUGGCUUUCCUACGGACGGGGAAUUGGGGGGUGGAUUUUUAUAACCUAUGUGUUGUGCGGAAAGCGAAACCACGCCGCCGUGUUGCUUGCAUAGGUGCUAAAAAUAAAAGUGCCACUG